GGGUUUCUUUUCGGAAUCUCUAUCUCUAUCUCUAUCUCUGUCUCUGUCUCUGUCUCAUAUCUGAGAGAAAAAAGAUAUAAAAAAAAAGAUUGAAUCAAUUGAAGAAGAAAGGACCACAAAAACAAAGAAUCGGCUUUCUUACUGUGAUCAGAUUCUUCUUCUGCUUCAUCAAAAUCGCUCUGUCUCUCUCUCUCUCUCUGUCAGUGAUCAGUGAUCGAUAGCGUCGACUGAGACGCAUACACUGAGAGAGGAUGGGAAGAGGAAAGUUCAAGGGCAAGCCCACUGGUCGACGCCAGUUCUCCACCCCCGAAGAGAUGAUUGCUGGUACGUCUGCUCGUCCUCGCACAUUUAAACAGGCAGAAGCCAAAGAGGAGGAAGAAGAGAGAUCCGAGGAAGAAUCCGAAGAGGAGUCUGACGAAAAACCUGAACGGAAGGGCACUCAAGGUGUUAUUGAGAUUGAGAAUCCUAAUUUGGUGAAGCCAAAGAACUUGAAAGCUAGAGAUGUGGAUAUUGAGAAAACAACUGAACUCUCGAGACGUGAAAGGGAAGAGAUAGAGAAACAGAAAGCUCAUGAAAGAUACAUGAGGCUGCAAGAACAAGGAAAAACAGAACAAGCAAAGAAAGAUUUAGAGCGGUUGGCCCUUAUACGACAACAAAGAGCUGAGGCUGCUAAAAAACGAGAAGAAGAAAAAGCUGCCAGAGAACAGAAGAAAGUCGAAGCUCGCAAAUGAUCAAUGAUGGCUGCCAUGAAAAUUUCAAUUCGAAACUGUAAUCCCUGUGGUAGUUUAAAAAAAAAAUACAUUUGCUUUUUUAGUUGGUUGGUUGGUUUACAAUCAAGGAACCAUUUUUAUGCCAAGGCUGGCUAUUGUGAAAACUAUUUCGCCUUACUUUUGGCUCGCUAUAUUUGACCAUGUAUUAUGUCUUUAAAGAAAUAGAAUUUUAAUACUUCUCAUAAGUUUUAGCCUUCUAUUCUGUAUAUAGGAAUUGGUACUACCUUAUAUGUUAAUGAGUUAUGCUUAAGAAUUCUA